CGCAGCAAGAGCGGAGAUGGCCGAGUGACAUUUGAAUCCCGUUGUGUGUAUUAUUUAUUCCGUCACAACAGUCCGCGAUGUGGAGCUCCAUCGAGGAUAUAAUCGCACUGUUCUUUGGUUUGUUUUUGUCGGACAUGGAGACUGGAAUGCCCUUUGGGUGGACUUUGGCGCUGUGAAGUUGUUAUGGAAGCGAUGGGACAUUUAUUUUGAGAUUAAAAUAUAAAAUCCGGUUCCCGAUGACCACGGCUCUGUGAGUAAGAGGGCUGCUGGUGACUUUAUUAAUCAGACAGAAGGAUUCCUAAAAUUACUGCUGUUUGGGACCCACAAACAGGGCAGACAGAGGAGCUCCAUUCAUUACACAGGGGAAUUAAGUUACCACAACCUCUUCAGCACUGCAGCUCAAAUGAUGCCAAAUCUAAUUUACAAAGUCAGGGGCCGAAUGUCCAGCCCAGAGAGGGUCUGCCUCAAACAUCUAAUCUUUCAUCAUUUAUCAGACGAUAUAAUUAUGGAGAUUUUUUUUGCCUGGCUGCAUCAGAGGAGCCUCAUGGAUGCUAAUCAAAUGGAUAUAAUGUAGCACGACUCCUCAGUAUGACUUAAAUGAACACUCUCCAAUCCACACAUGUUCAGGGAUGGAUCUCAAGAACUUUACAACUGUCAUCGACAGUGGGUUUUUGGAUGAGGCACCAUCGAGCCGCGUCCUAACCGGAUGUUUCCUCUCGCUGCUCAUUCUCACCACCUUGCUGGGAAACACUCUGGUUUGUGCGGCUGUCACCAAAUUUCGACAUCUUCGCUCUAAAGUGACCAACUUUUUUGUGAUCUCUCUGGCGGUGUCAGACCUCUUGGUUGCCAUUUUGGUGAUGCCGUGGAAGGCGGUGACAGAGAUCGCCGGAUUCUGGCCAUUCGGCUCCUUUUGUGACACUUGGGUGGCUUUUGACAUCAUGUGCUCCACAGCAUCCAUUUUGAACCUUUGUGUGAUAAGCCUGGACCGGUACUGGGCCAUCUCCAGCCCCUUUCGCUAUGAGAGGAAGAUGACACCCAAAGUGGCCUAUGUAAUGAUCAGCAUAGCCUGGACACUGUCUGUCCUCAUUUCCUUCAUCCCGGUGCAGCUCAACUGGCACAAGGCCCAAGCUAAAUCUUACACCCCUCUCACUGGGUCCUCUGGCUCUUCAGGUUUAAACACUACUUCUUACCACAGCCCAGAGAACUGUGAUUCGAGCCUGAACAGAACCUAUGCCAUCUCAACAUCUCUGAUCAGCUUUUACAUCCCUGUGGCCAUCAUGGUGGCCACGUACACGCAGAUCUACCGCAUUGCCCACAGACAAAUCAGGAGGAUCUCCGCCCUGGAGCGAGCGGCCGAAAGUGCAAAAAACAGACACGACAGCAUGAGCGGAGGGUCCAGCAUCGCGGAGUCCGAGAGCUCUUUCAAAAUGACGUUCAAGAGGGAGACCAAGGUGCUGAAGACGCUGUCGGUCAUCAUGGGGGUGUUUGUGUGCUGCUGGCUCCCAUUCUUCAUCCUCAACUGCAUGGUGCCCUUCUGCGAGCAGUCGAGCGGAGGGGAGGCAUUCCCCUGCAUCAGCCCCACCACCUUUGACGUGUUCGUGUGGUUCGGCUGGGCUAAUUCCUCCCUCAACCCCAUCAUCUAUGCCUUCAACGCAGAUUUCCGCAAGGCCUUCUCCAUCCUGCUGGGCUGCCACAGACUGUAUCCAGGAGGCCACAACAUAGAGACGGUCAGUCUAAACAAGAAAUGACUCAUGACUCUCUCACAGCACUGACUCAUACUUAAUGCUAAGAGUCCAAGCGUUCCUGUUGAGGCCGGUCUGAUCGACUUCAAGCAAGGACGCUGCUCUCUGUGCUAACUCUUACUGUGACUGAAGGAUAUGGUGACCCUAUAUGUACCCCUGAGUGCAUUAGGCGAGUGGCGCAGACUGUGUGCAGACUGUCAGAGUGAGCUUGCCAUGUUCACCGUUGUCGAUACACCGCCCUCAGACGGAAGAAGCUCCUGAAAGAGGAGAGGGGAUUUUGGGGGAUUGAGAUUAAGACUCUCCAAUGUUGUGCCAGGGAGCUGGGAGCACAGCGGUGCUGACACGCCUCUGGGAUAGAUAAUCCCAUGACUGGGCAGCACACCCCCUAAUGCUGUCGGACACUGCUCUCUUCAAUACCAUCACACACACAUACACAAACACAAACACUGUCAAAACAUGCCCCUCUAAAUACAGUGUAGUUGCAGCACUCAGCAUGCACACUACAACAGAUUACACGACAGCACACAGAAAUACUGUCACUCAUUAACAUCCUGGGUUCUGCAAGGAUUCCUGUGGUAAACAGUCAAACCAAAUCAGGUUUCUGCGCAGAUGAACAUGUAUGUGAAGUCCACAAGCAACUUAAUAUUAAAGCUAGUAUGAAAACAGAUUUGAUUUUCCAUCUGGUUUUAUCCAUUAAUGUUGUAAAAGAAAUCUCUGAGAAGUGGACACUAUGAUCACAUGAUCUGAAUUUCUUUUGGACGUAAAGGUGCACAGACAUGGAAAAUGAAGUUAGUCGAUCUGAAAGCUGUCUCAUUUUUUAAGAAUUGUUAUGGUUUCAGAAUUGUUAUUUAUAUCGCAUCAAAAUAUCAAAUAGUUAUAACUUAAAACCAAAUUUACUCAACAGGCACCUCAUAAAUUAUUUGUUUCACUGCUUGAAAGUGUUUUACGGAUGAGUGUCUCAUAUUACUGUGUGUCCUGUAUUUUUCAUAAACAACAGCUGAUGACCUCUUUUACAGAAGAGGCAAAGACCUAAACAAAAGUUUUACUUGACUUGUGGUGUCUUUGACUGUUCUGCGUGUUUCAGAGCUGGAAGAAAAUUGUAAUUGACUGAAUUCUGUUUGAGUAAGUUUAAUUUGCUCUCACUUAAGGAAAAUGUUGGUUUACAACAACUUGGGUCUUAUUUUUAUAGUUUCAGCUGUCAUUGUAUUGGCUGUAAUAGCAUUAUACUCCCCAAAGUAAUCAGUGAGGAAAUCUGAGAAACACUGACAUCACCACAAUGAAAUCAGGCAGGGCAAGAAACACGAGCAACCAGACAACCAGGCAAGUUGUAAACCUACCUACAGUUUAGGUAGAUCACUGAAGCCACUUUAUUUGGAGGCAAAAUUAAGAACACAUAAAAUGUCACUAAUAACCCCUGACAGCACAAGAGAAAAGGUAAGAAAUGGAACUAAAACGCGAUUUGUUUAAAUUAAUUCAAAUACACAAAACCUAAUCCUAACCUAUGCUGCAGAGUGACCAGUUAAUGUUGGUGUAAAGCAGAUGUGUUUUACAAAGUCAGGAAACAGCCUUACCUUUAUCUGUAGUUUUCCCAAAUCCAAAAUGCUUCCUCACGUUAGGGCUCACGAGUUUUCUACAGUCUGUAUUAGGAAAGAACAAAAAUAGUUUAGUUUACUGAGGGCAACAGGACAACAAGUGAACCUUUACUUCAAACACAUAAUUACACAUCAGUUUUUUUAUAAUUUCAAAUGUUUGCAUGGUAGUUUGAAUUUCAUAUGAAGAGCAACAGCCCUAGUGCACACAUCUAAGGAAUGAGGAAGUCAGUCUAUAAACUGUGAGGUGUGUUUAUAAAGGGCGGUUAGUGCAAUUAUUUUUCGCACGCAUUUCUUUUGUUACCUUACCAAUUUUAUCUGAAUGCCUGGAGUGCCUCACAACCUCACAGUGAAAAAAAUGCCGCUCUAUCACUUGUUUUUGUUUUUUAAUUUGGAGCAACCAAAUUUAACUCUAGGAAAGAUGACCAAAUUUCAACCAAAACCAUGAAAAUAAGACCCAGGACUGACCCUAUAAAGAGAAGCAUAGAUUGAUAAACUGUCAUCAUCACCAACGGUUAUACCUCUGAUUUGGUGUACUGUAUUUUUUUUUAAAGUGCUAAUUCAUUUUAUCAGGUAGCUACAGUGAGCUUUCAUGACACAAACAAAAGCUGUAGGUGUGUGUACUGUAAACAAUCUCUUUAGAAUAUGCAGUUGUUAUAGAGGUGUGACCAUUGCAUACAUGUUGUUAUGAUACAUUCAAAACAGUAUAUCCCAUCAGAAGAAACAGUGCAGUGUUUGCU